AUGUCCAUUCCAUGGAUGCCCAAGGAAGUGUCUCACCGGCUGUUCGAGCGGCCACAUGAGAUGAUCAAUGUCAAGACCACCUACCUGCUCUCCACAGCAGCCGUGGCCGGCUUCCUCGCGCGGGAGGAUGGCAAGCGCCCUGCCUGGUUCAAUCGGGCGCGGCUGAUGCCUGUCAGCGCCCUGACGCCGGAUCUCCAGGAGCACCUGGCAAAUGCUUGCCACGUGAUUUGCAUGAAGGUCCGGCAAGAGGUCACGAACGAGCACUCCCUGCGGAGCGCUCCCUCGGGCAGGCCGACCACGCAGUGGCAAGCCGGUCUUCUCUGUGCGCGCGUCCUGUGGCGAGCUUUGUUUGCCGCAGCUGCCGCCAAGGCUCCAGCCUCCAAGAGGGCCGUCCCUGGGGUCUUCAUGGCAGCGUGCGAAGGGCUGAAGCAGGCCUCUCAGAAGCUCCUGACCAAGAUCUGGCGUGAGGUUCAGUUGCAAUACACGUCCAAGGAGAACAAGUACCGGAACAUGAAGAGCCGGCCGGCAUGGUCCGUGCUGGAGGGCCACCAGUUUGAGGUCUUUGGCAAAGACCGUGGCUACGGCAUCUGUGACCCAUCUGUAGUAGCUCCUUCCUCCGCAGGAACCAAGCCUGCGUCGAACCUCCAAGACUACCUCGAAGAGGUCUUAGCUUUGAGGUUCGCCGUGGAUUGGAUGAGCCUGUCCAUGGAGGAUGCCCAAGAGUUCUUGGACCAAGCCACCAAGCGCGCCUACAAGCGGCCCGUGCUGAAGCCGAAAGCUGCGCCAGACCCGGUGUCGCAGCAGCUGGCGGCUCUAAAGGAGAAGACAAUCGACUCCUUCUCCUUGAUGUGGACAGACGAUGCAGAGCUUCGUGGCGUCGCGUCGCUGGCCAUCCGGCUCAUGGAUGGCUUGGAAGGCCUUUUUGUUUAG